AUGUAUCAUCGCCGUGUGAGGAAAUGGUUCAAAGCAACAACCUCGCACCAAGAUCAGAAGGAUGCUCUUCUUCGGGGCCUGGAUAUGUUUGUUUACAUCUCUUAUCGGUGCGAGUUAUAUGAGCUCCGCUUUCAACCAGUGAACUCUUCUCCGGGCUCCCAGAAUCUUGAAUCAGCACCACUGGAGUCCUAUACUCUCAUCUUUGGGUUUCUAGCCAAGGCAGCCCACGCAUACAAAGAAUGCUGUUUUUAUCGAGCCUUUGCUGCAUUCUGGUCUUCCGACGACAUUUGGCAACUGGAGAUUUAG